AUUUAAGUAAUCAAAUUAUGGAUUUCGCUAAUAGCACCAAAGCUUCGUAGUGUCUUCGCGUCUGUCAAAAGAUCAUAUUUUAUACUGAGACAAUAAUUGCAUAGAAUUAGGUACACGGUUAGAGGAAUACACGACCAUGCCUCAAGCCACUAGUACAACGUUGGACGAUUCGCCGUUGGGACCAAACUCGCGUUAUAUGGCGGCACUUCGCUUCAGCGACAAAACGUUUCGUGGCGUUAACGUGAUAAACGCGCAAGAGAAACGUAUCACCGGAAAGAAAAUAAAUUUUCUUCAGAACGAGUUCAGACAUAAAGUGCACAAGUUGGACAGGAUUCAGUUCAGACUUAAUCAGAAUCAAACAAAAAGACUGGCGUACCGGUUAGUUCUUAAAACGCAAACGUUCAGUUCGAUUAAAGACCAGAAAAAGGCCCUGAGCAAGCGCUACACUGCCGACGCCUUUCAAAAUGACAUUAAAGAAAUGAUUAGGUUUAUGAAACCGAAUUUAGUUCGAGAGAGAAAAACGAAGAUAAUGAUGAUGGAAAGUCGCCUAAAAUAUGACAAUUUAUUGAAUCAAAGCAGAAACAGGUUUAAUAGACUCUGUCCAGAGAAACGCACGUGGCGUCCAGGAUAUGGCGCCUAUAAUGAAGAGGACACCACAGAACAAACGGAACCGGAAGAGGAAAUUGAGCCGACAAUGGAACAACACCGUGAGCGGAAGAGACUCCAGAGUCUUGCCACUUUACGCCGUCGAAACAUAUCUAUCGACUCUGCUCCGUCAUCGCCAGCCAGACUUCCGCCCAUACGAAGUCCAACCAAGGCAGCCAGCGCUGGUAUUACUAGUCCUGUUAAGACACCCGGACGCACACCACGCGGCCUCUCUAGCAGCCCCGCUAAAACUCCAGGGCGCAGCUCUCGUGAGCACUCCGGAAGUCCGGUGAAGACUACGUCCAUACGCCAACCCCAGACUUUUGGUGCUACAGGCGGCGGCAAACGUCAAGGGAUCACGAUGAGUAUGAUGAAGAGACAGCAAUCGUUCCUAGAUACAAAGGAACGGACAAUGACUCCUUCUAGCGACAAAACGCGACCGAAAGUGCCAAACGAUGAAUCUACAGGAAUUCAGAAGUCAGAUAUUAACAAUAAUGAAGAUACUGUGGGUUCUUUAAAUAGUGCUCGUGCAAUAGAUACGUCUCGGAGUACUCCGCGGACGGGUCGGAAGUUAAGUCUACCGGUGAACGGACAAUUAGUGCUACCGCCAAUAGAUACGGCACGGGGGACCAAAAGGACUGGCCGGAAGUUUAGUCUUCCGGUCGAUGGACAGUCGGCGCUACCAUCCAUUCAGUCAGGAAUGACGCCAAGAGUGCCAAAGCGGAGUUUGAGGACUGGCGAUAAAGGUGCACCGGCAAAUAUGCCUCCUAACUUAUAACAAAAUGUGGUCUUAUUGUUGUGUUUAAUGUUGUUAAAGAAUUGAAACGACAACACAAACUGUUAUUUUGUUUGUACCAUGUACAUGUACAAGUCUUUCUUUUUUUUAAUUUUUUUAAUUAAUCAUUCAAUAAUCGCAUGCAUGGUCAUGCUAUAAAUGAUACCAACGCGAUUUCUCAAAAUAGUUUUCCUGACGUCACACUUACUAAAUAGGUCUAAAUUUGCAGAUUCUAUUUGGAGCUCAAAAUUGUGAAAUUAUUUCUCAUAGAAAGACAUUCCAUGAAUCAUGUUUUUAUAUUUGCAAUCAUCUGUAAAUUUAGCGACUCUACAGAUAUUGAAGCAAAAACAUCGGCAUUCCAGAAGGAAGGCGGACCGCGUAUCACCUUGGUGCGUACCGAGUACUGUCCAUUGAGAGCGGACCGCGUAUCACCCUGGUGCGUACCGAAUGCUUUUAAGAAACUCACAGAUUGCUGCAUACCAAAACGGGGUUUGGUCUCAUUGCUAUCUACUCAGUUUUAUUUCUUUUCGUGUUGAACUAACACAUCGGAUUCAGGGGUAGUUUGUCAAUCUCAUUUGACGUGAAUCAAAAUUGUGAAUGUGAAUAUCUCUUUUAAUAGCGCAUUGACCUAUUGUCCAUUUUCGUCUUUCGUGUGGCAUGAAUAAAACUUCAGAGGCUUUGAGGCGCAAUUUAAUAAACUCAUUCUUAAAACUGGCUGUUGCUCAAUUAUCACUCAUAUUAAACGAACCAAAAAUGAAAAUAUGAAACAAAGGUUCAUUUCAUUAAUUUCUAAUCAACCAAUAUCUUUCAUUUUUGAAACAGGUCCCAGUCACAGAGAAUUGGCUUUUGGUUUAUAUAAAAAAAAAUGCUUGAAAAAUAUUAUAUAGCGAAAACUAUCUAAAAAGGCAAUGUUUUAUACUUACUCAACUGCUUUAUUUAUAUAUGAUACAAUAAUAUUCGAGCAAACGAACGAGUCGCAACAGCGAUAUGAUCUAGGUUAAUACAGUUACGUUACGGUAGCCACUUCAUAUUAAAGCUGUGUACGAGUGCGACCAAAUUUUAAUUAAUCUCUGUAUUGCUGCUAAUAUAAGCUUAUUAUCCAAAUUACAAUGUCUUACCAUUCAAAUAUUGAAGUAAUAAGGUCAAGCACAGUUUGAUGUCUCAUAAAUCUUGAAGGUGUAAAAAUAAAUUAUAAAUACCAUUCAUUCAAUUGCAAGGCCAGAUUUGUUACAAUACAUAUAUAACAUGUGCAGUUUCGUUUCAUUCCAAAAAUCUGUCAAAAAUAAUUAAGGAACAUUCCGUAUCAGUAAUAACAUUAUACGAGCUUAGUACAGCUGCAAUGGAAUACUCUACUCUUGUUCAUGUUCAAAACAGAAACAUUUAAGGCGACUACAAAUAUAUUCCUAGAUUUCACCCCGCCCGCCCUCUUUUUCCGCCGGUCCUUAAAUUGUAUUGACUCAAAUAAAAAUGUUGAACUAGG